CCUCCGGAAAGCUCGGUUUCUACUGAGACCAAAACAAAACACGUUUAUUCAUAAUUUAACCAAGUCUGUAUGUCAGCCUCAUCUCGUUUCAACAAACUAUGCAGCUGAAGCAUUUGAAGACGCUUCUUCCUCCACAGGAUGGUGCUGCAAAGGUUACCUGCAUGGCAUGGGCUCCAAACAACGGAAAGUUUGCAGUCUGUACGGUUGAUAGAGUGGUUUUGCUGUAUGAUGAACAGGGAGAGAGAAGGGACAAGUUUUCAACAAAGCCUGCCGACCCAAAAUAUGGGAAGAAAAACUACAUGGUCAAAGCUAUGGCAUUUUCUCCAGAUUCCACUAAAAUUGCUAUAGCUCAAACGGACAAUAUAGUAUUUGUGUACAAAAUCGGAGAGGAAUGGGGAGACAAAAAAGUUAUAUGCAACAAAUUUGUGCAGACCAGCGCGGUAACAUGUCUGCUAUGGCCAGUAGAAAAUUCGAUAGUUUUUGGACUAGCAGAGGGGAAAAUUCGAGUGGCCAAUACAAAGAACAACAAAUCAUCUAGCAUCUAUGGAACAGAAUCCUAUGUCGUUUCAUUAACCUCAAACAUGUCUGGGACAGGAAUUCUCUCAGGCCAUGCAGAUGGGACCGUUGUGCGCUAUUUCUUUGAAGAUAUAGGCUCAGGGGAUUCUCAGGGCAAAUUGCUGACUCACCCUUGCCCACCAUAUGCUCUGGCUUGGGGAAGCAACAGCAUUAUUGUAGCUGGGUGUGAUAAGAAGAUUGUGGCCUAUGGGAAGGAGGGACACGUCCUGCAGACAUUUGACUACAGCCGUGAUCGCUUGGAGAAGGAGUUCACAGUUGCAGCGACAAGCCCCAGUGGCCAGUCAGUAGUGUUGGGUAGUUAUGAUAGAUUAAGGGUUUUGAACUGGAACCCUCGAAGAAGUGCUUGGGAUGAAGCUGCUCCUAAAGAAAUUCCAAAUCUAUAUACCGUCACAGCUAUGUCCUGGAAAAAAGAUGGCUCGCGGCUCUGUGUGGGCACGCUGUGUGGGGGAGUUGAGCAGUUUGACUGCUGCCUUCGCAGGACCAUCUACAAGAACAAAUUUGAAAUGACUUAUGUUGGCUUGAGCCAGGUGAUUGUGAAGAACCUUUCCACAGGCACAAGAGUGGUGCUCAAGUCUCAUUAUGGCCACGAGUUUGAUGAGGUGAAAAUCUUGGGGAGGGAUCGCUACUUGGUGGCCCACACCUCAGACACCCUUCUGCUGGGAGAUCUGGUCUCCAAUAAACUGAGCGAGGUGGUGUGGCAGGGCUCUGGAGGGAAUGAGAAGUUCUUCUUUGAAAAUGAAUCUGUGUGCAUGGUAUUCAACGCAGGAGAACUGACCUUGGUGGAGUACGGCAAGAACGACAUCCUAGGAACCGUUCGCACUGAAUUUAUGAACCCCCACCUUAUCAGUGUCCGUCUGAAUGAGAGGAGGCAGAGAGGAGUGGACAAUAACCAGAAGUUGGCUUACCUAAUCGACAUCAAAACCAUAGCCAUUGUGGACUUGGUUCUUGGUUACAACAUUGGGACUGUUAGUCAUAACUUGAAGAUCGACUGGCUGGAGUUAAAUGAGACGGGACGCAAGCUGCUCUUCCGGGACAAGAAGUUACGGCUGAACCUGUAUGACAUUGAGAGUGCUGUGAAAACCACUGUCCUGAGCUUCUGCUCCUACGUGCAGUGGGUUCCAGGCAGUGACGUCGUGGUGGCUCAGAACCGCAGUAACCUGUGUGUGUGGUACAACAUCGAUAGUCCAGAGAAAGUCACCAUGCUCCCUCUGAAAGGAGAUAUUGUUGAUUUGGAAAGGGCCAAUGGCAAAACCGAGGUAAUUGUGUUGGAAGGGGUGAACACAGUCUCAUAUACGCUGGAUGAAGGAUUGAUCGAGUUUGGAACAGCUAUUGAUGAUGGAGAUUUUUACAGAGCGACGGCAUUCCUAGAAACCCUAGAAAUGUGUGCUGAGACUGAGGCUAUGUGGAAGACACUGAGCAAGCUGUCUCUGGAGGCGCAGCAACUGCACAUUGCAGAAAGGUGCUUUGCAGCUUUGGGUAACGUGUCCAAGGCCCGCUUUUUGAACAAGACCAAUAAAAUUGCUGAUUGCAUCUCAAAGGAAUAUGGUGGUGAUGGCAAAGAACACUAUGAAGUGAAAGCACGGUUAGCAAUGCUAAAUAAGGACUAUAAACUCUCUGAGAUGUACUACUUGGAGCAGAAUGCAAUUAAUGAGGCGAUGGAAAUGUACCAAGAGCUACAAAUGUGGGACAGCUGUAUUGCAAUAGCAGAGGCUAAGGGACAUCCAGAGGUAGACAAUUUGCGACGCAGCUACUACGCUUGGCUGAUCGAGACCAAACAAAACGAGAAAGCAGGGGAAAUGAAGGAGAGCGAGAGCGACUACGUAGGGGCCGUUAACUUUUACCUUAAGGCAGGACUUCCAGCCAAAGCCGCCUGGCUAGCCAUGAACAGGGAUGAGCUCCUGUCCAGCAGCAUUGUUGGCCGCAUUACCUCUGCUCUCAUCAAAGAGGAGUUCUACGAGCGGGCAGGUGACCUAUUUAAGAGGACAAAUAAUAACCAGCGAGCCCUAGAUAGUUACUGCAAAGGCAACGCUUUCAAAAAGGCUGUGGAGCUUGCACGUGUGGCCUUUCCUUCUGAAGUAGUGAAGUUAGAGGAGGCCUGGGGCGACUAUCUAAUCCAGCAGAAACGAAUGGAUGCUGCAGUUAAUCAUUACAUUGAAGCCGGGUGCAGUACCAAAGCAGUCGAAGCAGCAAUUGGUGCACGUCAGUGGAAGAAAGCCCUGCACAUUGUGGAGUUACAGGAGGACGAAUCCUCAGCCAAAUACUUCUUAAAGAUCGCCCAGCACUACGCGUCUUUACAGGAAUAUGAGGUAGCAGAACGGCUGUUUGUGAAAGGAGGCCAUACCAAAGAUGCCAUUGACAUGUACGCCGAAGUAGGGAGAUGGGAGCAAGCCCACAAGCUUGCGGUGAAGUGCAUGACCCAAAAUGAAGUUUCUGCUCUCUACAUCAGUCGGGCUCUUGAGCUAGAGAAGGAGGGGAAGUACAAAGAAGCUGAAAGACUGUUUUCCACUGUUGGUGAGCCUGAUAUGGCAAUCACCAUGUACAAGAAGAAAAAGCUAUAUGACGACAUGAUUCGUCUCGUUGCCAAACACCACAAAGAGCUGCUGAAGGAGACUCAUAUUCACUUAGCCAAAGAGUUGGAAGUUGAGGGAAGAUUCCAGGAGGCUGAGUAUCACUACAUUCAAGGCCAGGAUUGGAAAACAGCAAUCAACAUGUAUGGGACAAAUGAGAUGUGGGAGGAAGCUUAUAGGGUGUCAAAGAGCCAUGGGACAGUCAGCACGCACAAGCAGGUGGUCUACCUAUGGGCCAAGAAUCUGGGAGGAGAGACAGCUGUUAAGCUUCUUAACAAGUUCGGCCUGUUGGAGGAUGCCAUCGAUUUUGCAGCUGAAAACCGUUCAUUUGACUUCGCCUUUGAGCUGGCUCGACUAUCCAUGAAACAGAAGAUCCCAGAAAUCCAUCUGAAGACUGCCAUGUUUCUGGAAGAUGAGGGUAAAUUUAGCGAAGCUGAGACAGAGUUCAUCAAAGCAGGAAGGCCAAAAGAGGCUGUGUUGAUUUUGACACUUCAGAAUGAAAACCUGACUAGGACUUCGAGGUACCUACAUAUACAAGAUUGGACUGGAGCCCAGCGUGUGGCUGAGGCUCAUGACCCAGACAGUGUGGCUGAUGUGUUGGUGGACCAGGCCAAGUUCUGCCUUGAGCAAAAAGACUUCCAGAAAGCAGAAGCAUUUCUUCUCCGUGCCCAGAGGCCUGAGCUCGCCAUCAAGUACUACAAAGAUGCCGAGAUGUGGAGCGACGCUAUGCGCAUCUGUAAGGAGUACAUACCCAAUAAGCUGAGCAUUCUCCAAGAGGAGUAUGAAAAAGAGAUCGCGAAAAGUGGCAGUCGGGGAGUAGAGGGUAUGAUUGAGCAGGCUCGGGAGUGGGAGCAGACCGGUGAAUAUGCUCGGGCAGUGGACUGUUACCUGAAGGUGAAGGAUUUGUCCGACGUGGCCCUUCUCGUAACAUGUUGGAUUAAGGCAGCAGAACUGGCCAUAAAGUUUUUAACCCGUGAGAAGGCCGUGGGUGUUGUUCAGACUGUUGGGCCACGUUUGGUGCAGCACAAAAAGUACACUGCGGCAGCUGAACUAUACCUCAACAUGGACCUCAUUAAGGAAACUGUGGAUGCGUUCAUGGAGGGGGAAGAAUGGAACAAAGCCAAGCGAAUAGCCAAAGAGUUGGAUGCAAGGUUGGAAGGAUAUGUUGACCAGUGUUACAAAGACCACUUGAAAAACAAAGGCAAGGUGGACUUGCUGCUUGGAGUAGAUGUCAUAGCUGCAUUAGAUGUGUAUGCAGAGAGAGGCCAGUGGGAGAAGUGCAUUGACAUCGCAUCUAAACAGAAUUUUAAGAUCCUGCAUAAAUACUGUGCCCUAUACGCCACCCACCUCAUCAAAGAAGGCGACGCAGAGAAAGUGCUUGACCUGUACGUACAGCACGGGAUGCCAGCCAGCCCGGAGAACUUCAACAUCUACAAGCGCAUGUUUUUAGAGCUGAUGAACCUCCGGGACAGGGAUGCCGCCAAAGCCUAUCGGAUGUGGGCUAACCUGAGAGACGUUUUACACUUGCUGUGUGAGAACCUGACCAAGUCUUCAGAAGCCAAUUCUCCAGCCCAUGAAAUCUUUGAGCAGAUGCUUGUGGUAGCUCACUAUUAUGCAACCCGCUCGGCAGCUAAAGGCAUCGUCCAGCUGAGUACUUUGGCAGCCAAGUUAUCCGUUUCACUGCUUAGGCACACAGAGCUUAUUCCAGCAGACAAGGCUUUUUAUGAGGCUGGAUUGGCAGCAAAGGCUGUUGGGUCAGAGAAUAUGGCCUUUAUUUUCCUCAACCAUUUCCUGGACUUGGCAGAUAGUAUUGAUGAGGGCACAAUAGACGCCUUAGAUCACACAGAUUUCAAGGACACAGACAUUCCCUUUGAGGUCUCCCUUCCAUCAAAGCUCCAUGUCACUGUGGAGAAGAGGGAGGAGAUCAGGGACUGGCUUCUGACCAUUUCCAUGGAGCAGCGAUUAGAACCGGUCCUACCCAAAGAUCAGAGAGGUACUUAUGAGGCUUCACUGAUUGCUGUGAACACUGGCAUCCGCUCCUUACCCUGCGUCAUUACAGGUUACCCUGUUCUCCAUGAUAAAAUUGAGUUCAAAAGACCAGGGAUGGCAGCUAACAAGGACGACUGGAAUAAAUUCCUGAUGGCCACAAAGACCACGCACAGUCCGGAGUGUCAAGACGUCCUGAACUUUAUAGCAGGCUGGUGUGGGGGCCUUCCAUCAGCAGGAUACACCUUCCAAUAAUGGAAACGUGCACACCUCACAGUCGUAUUUAAUGUGUAUGUCUAUGUGCUCUCUGUAUCAUUUUUGUCUCUCCCUCUGCCAGAGGUCAUGACCACUAAAUCUACAAAGAUAGACCAAUAAUAUCUGAGUAGAAUUAGCUUUAUAUAAUUAUGCCAUAGUUUCCUAUGUACACGUUAGCUAGAGGAAUAUUACAAUAACCAGAGGUUUAGACUUCAUCCUAUUUAGACUUGGUCGAUCAACUUUAUGUUGUCCUAAAUGGAUAUUUCCUAUUGAGCCUGUACACUCUAAGUACACUUAACUUAAUGCCAAAUUGUUAGCCUGUACUAACCUCGUCGCAGAUUUGCUGUAACAAGGACUUAACGUAAUUUACCGACAAUAAUUUCAGAAUGUAAUCAAGUCUAAUAAUUUAUUUAACCAGGUAUGAAAAUAUCCAAAUCCAACACUACUAUUGAUAAUAAUAAGAAAGAAUUACAUGCAACAUUACAUUCCAAUCAAAUUCAAAACAUAAUAAUACAACAUAAGCGGAGACAACACUUACAUACCUGGUAGAGCAAAAACUACACACAGUGAUCGUGUGGGAGAUCUGUCUACAGAUUCCCUGAGUCUUUGGCCAGCUCUCCCCUAAAUACCCAGCUGCUCUGUGGGUCCACCAAAAGGUGCUGUUUGUGAUUAUAAUUUGAUGUCUGUGGAAGGAUGUACCUUAUUUACAUACAGGAGGUAAUUUGAGUGAGGGACCCUGGGAGGGUAUGCCUUUAACGGCAUGUAAUAUUUUUAUUUGAACUGCUGUUGAGGGAAUGAGACCAUAUUUUCCAGUUGCACUGACACCUUUUGUAUAAUAUAGUAAACAUGUAUUUUUGUCAUCUUAUUCGCAUUAAUACAUGUUAUGCAAUGCAUUUAGACCUUGGGUGUGUUUAAGGUGAUCUCAAUACAGAGAAAUAGAAGGGUGUGGGGAGAGAGGAAGUGAGGAUCUUCCAGGCUCCACUCAGCAUAAUGUGCUAUCUCAGGUGUGGAUGCUAAUUCUGUGGGAAAAAGAUUGAGUGUUCGUUCUCAAAGUCGUCCUUUGUCCUCAGAGAGUAGUUCUCUCUAGGUUCAAACAUCUUGGCACCAGCCUUACAGUUUUUCCCCCUUGGCCCCGUGGGCUAUUCACAAGAGUCCUUGCGAGGUCAUUAUAUUCGGUGUACAAGGUGUUUAAUUCCUGUUGAUGACCAUCAUUUCAGUCUUUGCAAGGUGGGUAGUUGUAGUGUGCUGAGAGCCAGUGCUGUAUCGGUCGAUGUCCGUAAGGAUCUGAUGAGGCAUCUGACGUAGCAGCUCUGGAACAGUGUGAAGGCAAAUAUGAGGGCACUGCCAAUGGCACAUCCCCGAAAUAUCCAGUCCCACCAUGUACAGACAUAUAUUGCUGAGUGUGUAGAUGAACUGGAGAGAAUUUGUGUAGUCCUUUUGGCCAGAUUUGUCUCUAUCUGUGCCUGGGAAAGGUGAUCUGCUGUCUGCAAAACCAUUCCUUGUGCCAAGUCCAUUGUGUCCACUACAGCUUGUGCACUGUGCUCGUAAAACGUCAUCCCACCAAGGAAAUAUUUCAGUGUCCAAUGGUAUUCUUCCUAUAAUGCUGAUCUGACCCAUAGAAAAAUCCUCUGUUAACUCGAAGCAAAAGGAGUGAUUGGCAGGACAGGUCAGUCCUCCAUAGGUGAAGGAAUUCAUUUCACUGAUGACACGCCAUUGUGUAUGUGACACCUGGAUUGCAUCAGAAUGGCCAUGCAAUGACUGAACAUUUAUGAGUUUAGUGUCAUUGGGGGGAAAAGGGUUGUAAUGUGUUAUAGGUACAAACAACAUAGUUAUGCAUUUCAUGACAACAAGUGUGACUGGUAAACAGGGUCUCAGUACCCUUUAAGGUCAUGUAUCCAGUAAGGUGAUCCCAUUUUACUACCUGAUCUUUCACCACCACGCCAAUAGGGCGUAUAGUAGUGGAAUUUGGAAAGACUUGCUCUGGGUGGAUUAACGGGAAAGUGGCAAAGAAUCCAAGGCAUCCGGAUCAUUCAUCAUCAGUAUACAUAAUGACAGUGGAUAGUAAUCCAGAAUAAUUAAUGUCUUUCAUUUUUUCUGACACAAGCCACCUGCGCAGAUCUAAAAUUUCCAUAAGAUCAUUUAAAACAUGCCUAGGUGUCUUACACAGGCGGAGAGCUAAAAUUUUUUGUCUUGCAGCAGUAAACAAAUCUUAUGAACAUGAUCUGCAGGCUAAGUCACGUUCGAUGGUACAGGUCUGAUUGAACAGUGCAUGCCUGAUCAGUAGAAGCACCUGCGCCUCGGAUCUGACCGCUUUUAUGAUAUUUUUGUUGCUAUUUGUGAUGUGUUGAAACCAGUGGCCACCUGGUUAGACAACCAUGUUGAAAGUUGUGAUUGACUGUUUAUCUUGUAGGUGUUGGCUAUGGAAUUAACUGAGCCUGCUAUUUUUCCAAGCAGGUCCUGUUUAGAAACGUACAGGUGGUGUUUGAACAGCAAGUCUGACUUUAUAAUCAGAGGUUAAAUUAUCAAUUUGUACCUGUAGCUAUGCAUAUGGUUUGUUGUCAAUACUACAAUGUCUUGUAUAAGCAGUUAAAAUGUUUGAAAUAUUGUAAGUUACAUGCACAAAUAAAUCUGAUUUUGUAAAUAUC